AUGACGAAUUUACAAGUCCAACUCACAGCCCCAAAUGGGCGAACAUAUAUCCAACCUACGGGACUCUUCAUCAACAAUGAAUGGGUGCCGUCGUCUGAUGGGAAGAAGAUUGCCUCCAUCAACCCUACAAAUGAAACAGAAAUAGUGUCCGUCCAUGCCGCCUCAACCGCCGACAUCGACAAAGCCGUCGCCGCAGCCCGAGCAGCAUUAAUCUCACCCUCAUGGCGCGACCUGCCCGCCUCCGACAGAGGCAAGCUUUUGUACAAACUCGCCGACAUCGUCGAAGAGAACCGUCUCAUGCUCGCCACAAUCGAAACAUGGGAUAACGGCAAACCAUUCACCGUCGCUCGAGACGAAGAUUUGACAGAGGUCAUUGGGACGUUGCGCUACUAUGCCGGUUGGGCGGAUAAGUCGUUUGGACAGGUUAUUGAUACCACCCCCGACAAAUUUGCGUAUACCCUUAGGGAGCCCGUGGGAGUUUGUGGGCAGAUCAUUCCAUGGAACUACCCCCUCUCAAUGGCAGCAUGGAAACUCGGCCCAGCCCUCGCCUGCGGCAACACUGUAGUCCUCAAACCCGCCGAACAAACGCCCCUCUCAAUCCUUUACUUUGCCAACCUUACCAUAGAAGCCGGCUUCCCUCCAGGUGUAAUAAACAUCGUCAAUGGCCAUGGCCGCAUCGCCGGCGCCGCACUCGCCUCCCACCCAAAUGUCGACAAAGUCGCGUUUACAGGCAGCACCGCCACAGCGCGCGAAAUCAUGAAGAUGGCCGCCUCCACUUUGAAAAACAUUACUCUCGAAACCGGCGGUAAAUCGCCGUUGAUUGUCUUCAACGAUGCCGAUUUGGAUUUGGCCGUUGGAUGGGCUCAUAUUGGAAUCAUGUCAAACCAGGGCCAGAUUUGUACGGCUACCUCGAGGAUUUUGGUGCAGGAUGAUGUGUACGAUGCGUUUUUGGAGAAGUUUAAGGCUCAGAUUAAGAAUAUCAGCAAAGUGGGCGAUCCGUUUGAUGAGGCGACGUUCCAGGGCCCACAGGUUACGAAGGCGCAGUAUGAUAGGAUUAUGUCCUAUGUCGAUAUUGGCAAGUCUGAAGGCGCGAAACUUGUUUUGGGUGGUAAGCCUGCUGCACCAGAAGCAAAGGGAUUUUUCAUUGAACCUACCGUCUUCACUGAUGUGAAGAGCCAAAUGCGGAUUUAUCAGGAAGAAGUCUUUGGCCCCUUUGUGUGUUUGGCGCGAUUCAAGACAGAAGAAGAGGCGCUGAAAAUGGCGAAUGACACGACGUAUGGAUUGGGUAGUGCGUUGUUCACGACGGACCUCGUAAAGGCUCAUCGUGUGGCACGCAGGAUCGAGGCGGGCAUGGUCUGGAUCAAUUCGAGCAAUGAUUCGGAUUGGAGAAUUCCAUUUGGUGGUGUCAAGGGCAGUGGAAUUGGCAGAGAGCUUGGAGAGGAAGGGUUGAAGGCGUAUAGUCAGGUGAAGAGUGUGCAUGUUAAUAUGAAGUCUAAACUGUAG